UUUUUUCUUAUUUGAUGCAAGUGUGUCGAUAAAUAUGUAAUUUAUAGUAAUCAUACCUUUUCAUCAAGGUGGUAUGAUAUUGAUGGCUUCUGAUGGAACAUUUGACACUGUUUUUAUAAUAAGAAUUUCACCUUUAUCUAACCUUUUUUCAGUUUGUUUUGUUUUAGCUUGCUGGAACCCAUGUACUGUAAAAACCUGGAUGUCAUUUCCAAGAGACUGGUUUACUUCCUUAUAGCAGUGAAUCUAUGUUAUGUACUGUAACAGAAAGACCAAACAUUCUGGCUUUGAAAGUGCAAUUAUAAAAAUUAUAUAUCUAUAUUUAUUUAUAUGUUGUUUAUUCUGUUGUUGGCUGAAAUGUAAAAGCGUUUGAAUUGUUGGAUUUUUUUUAUUAUGUGUAUAGCCUAUAUGUUGCUAUAUGGCCGCGUUACAAAGGUUUGGUGGUCUCCUUGGACGUUUGUUUAUCUGUUUCCAUAGUAACCACGUGGCCAAGCCAUUGCAGUCAGGGAGAGGCAGAUCGAAAUUGUUGCCCUGCCCCAAGAGGAUUAUUUCAACGGACGUAAAAAAAAAGUGACCUUUCGGAAAAAGAUGUCCACGCAAGGAAGAAAAACCCAGCUGAUUGGUGGAUCCACUCUGGAGAGCAUCGAGGUCAUACGGAACCAAUCCAAGGUCUUCAGAGGAGAAUGCACCAGGCUGAUUGAGGAAAGUAACAAAGCCUGCAAACGCCUGCAGGAUGACGACAACGAGAAACUGGGCCAUCGAGUCAGAGACAUACAGUUUAUGAAGAAGGAGCUUGAGCUGAAGUUGGAGGAGAAUAUUUUGGAAUCGGAAGGACUUAUUGCGCUGCAGGACCGAGUGAUGAAAGCUGUGGAGGCCUGCAAGGGGCCUCUUCGAGUCACUGUUCUUUGUAUGGAUGAAAGAAAUAAACGCCACCCGUCUGAGAAGCUGCACGAUGAGGUCAGCAGAGAGCUGGUGAAGGAGGGGGAGCUCACCAAAGGAGUCAUGUCCCUCCUGCAGCGUGUCGUCAUGCAGAUCACUGAGCAGAUACGAUUGAAUCAAGCUUCCAAGUUCGAGAUUGAACAAGAUCUGAAAGAGAAAUACGAGGCUCAGCAUUUGGACAACUCCUGUGCGUCGAUGACGCCACACUCGCUCAAAAACACGCAAAUGUCCAAUCCCAAGAUGGCCUCGUCCAGUUUUCCAGUGACACUUGUGGAGUGGGAGAGAAGCUCAGACUUCAACAUAGCUAAAGCGGAGCAGCAGAAGAGCAACUCCGUGGCUCUGAGGGCCCUGGUGGAGUCUCUGCUCACCCAGACGGCUGCCGACAUGCGGAAACAGUUCCAGGCGACAUCGGCGGCCUUGCAGCAGAACGUGCACCAAAUCAAGGCUGCCAAAAGCCAGAUGGAGGAACAGCUCACUAAGGUUUUGUCGGAGUUUGCCAGCCAGCAGAAAAUCCGAGAAGAUCUCCAAGUGGCCAUCACAGAGAACGAGCAUUUUCUCCGCUUGGCUCAGGCGAGGCUGGAUUUGCGUAAGCAAAGGUCUGACAAAGAGCGUUGUCACGAUCCAGCUCAAUCCCAGCUCCUCGCUGAGGUGGUCCAGCUUACCAAUCAGAUCAGCAAGUUGCGUGAGACGGUGGUGGAGUCGGAGGAGCAGCAGAGGGCGCUGGUUCGCUGCCAGCUGGAACUGCAACAAAACAUUGAGGUGAAGGCCAACCUGCUCUAUGUUGAUGAGGUCAUCUGCAAUCAGCACAGGGCACCCACGGUCAUCCAUAACUUCUAAGCAUCUUGGACUGUUUGGGAAUUACAUUUACUUUUGGAAUUACGUCUACUUUUCAUAAUUUACAUUAUUUUCAGCAUUAUUUUGCAGCUAUAAAUGCCAGGCUACCAUAUUUGUCUUUAUUAAUAGCUUCAUAGUUCCUUUCGUGGGGCUGCACCCGAGUUCAAUUCCACCCUCGGCCAUCUCUGUGUGGAGUUUGCAUGUUCUCCAGGGACUCCGGCUUCCUCCCACAUUCCAAAAACAUGCUAGGUUAAUUAGCGACUCCAAAUUGUCCAUAGGUAUGAAUGUGAGUGUGAAUGGUUGUUUGUCUGUUUGACUGGCGAUCAGUCCAGGGUGUACCCCGCCUCUCGCCCGAAGACAGCUGGGAUAGGCUCCAGCACCCCCCGCGACCCUCGUGAGGAAAAGCGAUCGAAAAUGAAUAAAUGAAUUAACUAUGUUCCUCGUCAUAAAAAUUCAACCAGAACCGGGCUCACUGGACCAAGUUGGGGGGGGGGGGUGUAAGCUACCGUUGAUGCACUACAAUACUGAUGGGGAUGUCAUACAACUUUAUGUCAAAAAAAUCAAAAUUGUGCCUGUAACGACGUCAUACAGCUGGUGAAACUCUACCUUCUUUUUAAAGAUGGCCGUCACCUUUACCCUUAGCUUCUUUAGCAAGGCAGUGCUCAUUUUGAAGGGGGUUUUGUGCUCCUUUUUAUGAUGGAAAAUUAUUUCUGAAGGCAGGUCAUCAUUACGUGUGUUUUUCCUGGUGCCUGCACACUGUAGGCCAGGGGUGGGUUAAAAUUGUGGAUAAAUGUCACAUCAAAUCACAAGAGUAAUGUGGGCACAGAGUUCCACAAAGAUGCAUUUGAGGUUAAAGAGAGAGCAUCCUUUUUCAGCAUAUUGUGAUGACAAGUUUGGCCAACAGAGGCCGCUGUUGUUCAACAAAAGCUAUAUCAUCAUGAUAGCAGGCUGGUUACCCAAAAAGUUGGCAAGCAUCUGUAAUGAUCUUUUGGUGUGGUUAGAACCCUGACGUGCUGCACGCUUAUGUCUACUGAGGCACUGAUUUCAGAUGAUUUCAAUUCAUGACUUCAUGAUGAAUAACUCUCACAUUAAAGACAUGACACAGGCUGUCGAAAGUCGUGGUUUUAUAAUUUUGCCGAGAACAUGCAGAAAUGAGAAUAUACCAUGCAACUCACCCAGUUGGCGAGGGAUUGUGGGCUUAGAGCAGGGAUGCGCAACCCACGGGCUGUGGGCCACAUUAGGCCCCAUGGGGAACAAAGUAACCUCCCCACCGCACCAUGUGGGCAUACAAAGAAAUAUCUAUGAGUGGUAUCCACGAAAAAAAAAAACCAGACAUAUAUUACCACCGCAAGGCAUGCUGGGUAGCUUAUGGUAUACUUUCUCCCAACAUCUCGCACAAAGCUAACCUUAACCCUAACAGAAGAUCAGUUUAUAACCCAGAUCCGUUGACAAAUACACUAUGAAUAUUUAAUUUGUUAUUAUUAUUAGUUGUUUUCACGUCAGCCCCCUCCCCUUGAUUACAUGUCAUUGCUUUAGAAGAAUGUCUGAGUCAGAGACGUCGUCCAUCACUCAGCAGCCUGCAUGUCGUUUGACACGUGUGGGUGACAACAUUUAUGUCCAUGUUUCAAUGUCUUUACAUGCUGGCGUUAUGUACUUGGGAGAUGCAGCUGAUUAG